GCAAAUCAGUCGACCAUGCAAGGUGGGAAGAUCAGAUGACACAGAUGGAAAAUAUUCAUUCUACUGCUUAAUGGACAGAAAGUUGCGGACAUCAUUUGGAGGAAACACAAAAACAACCAGAAAGCCAAGAAAAAUUAUUUUCACACAAAAGAGUCACAGACGUUUAUGCCAGCGCAAAAGAAUAAUGAAUUCUACAAUGUUUCAGUACACCAUAGAAGACAGAUAUGCAGAUGCUUUUGCAAAAAAUUUCACCAUUGUUCUUGUCGGGCUCAUAGUCAACUCCAUCAAUGGAAUAAUUGUUUUCACAUUCUUCAAGAGUUCAAUUUUCUACAAUGAUCCAAGAUAUAUAUUAUAUAUUCACAUGGUCAUCAAUGAUAUGCUCUUGGUUUUUUUCAGUGUAAGUCUUGUUGUGAUGGCUUAUGUAUGGCCAAAGGUUCCUCUCCCGUUCUGUGUUACACUACUUAUAAUAGCCUCAACAACUCAUAAGAACACUCCUCUGACUUUGGCCGGUAUGGCCGUUGAGCGUUACAUCGCAAUCUGCAAACCACUGCAUCAUCAUCAGAUUUGCACAGUGCGCAGGACAUUCAUCCUUAUCUCUCUGAUUUGGGGUGUAGGAGUUUUACCUGGAUUGGCUGACUUGAUUCUUCUUUCAAUUGUUCGUCCUCUAUCUGUUUUUACAACAAGUACUCUCUGUAGUACAACUAAUGUGUAUAGCACACCAUACCAUGAAGACCAAAGCAAAAUUACACAUGGGCUUUAUACAUCUGUUGUGUGGUUAAUUCUUGUAUUCACAUACUGUCGAGUGCUUAUUGCGGCCAGAAGAGCCUCCACUGAUAAAUCAUCAGCAAAAAAGGCCCAAAGCACCAUCCUGUUACAUGGAGUACAGCUUCUGCUCUGUAUGUUGUCCAUCAUUACUCCUACCAUAGACAAGAUUUAUAGCCAACUUGUACCUACUCUACGGUCAAAAAUCCUCUUUUUCAAUUAUCUUCUUACAAACUUAUUACCAAGACUGCUUAGCCCCCUCAUUUAUGGUGUUCGAGAUAAACAAUUUGUUAAAUACAUGAAAGGACUUUUUUCAUGUAGGUUAAUUAAUGUGAAAGUUGAAUCAACUAAGCAGUGAGUGAAAAAUGUAUCAUCAUAUAAGCAUAAUUAGUAAUUAUUUUGUUAUCUUCCCUAUGCAAAAUAUAUUUUUAAUAUGUGCUUUUUCUUAGUUAUUUUCUUAUUGUGAUUUUGUAAUUAUAACUUCUUGGCCAAGUGGAAUUUAGAGAAAAGAUGUCAGGGAAUAUUAAGAAUCAUGCACUUAUGAAACGGUAGAACGUUUUACAAAUAAACACAUGCAUUGAAUUUAAAUACAGACUUAUGUUUUAUGGAAUAUAUCACAAUUGUGAAAUUACAUCUCAGUGUGGUUUUAUUUCUUAUUUUACUGUAUAGCAAUUUUUUGGGAUUCAUAAAAAUAGUUAAUCCAUAAUUGAUCGUAUGAUCUCAUUAGAGAACGUCAGCAAUUAUGUUUUCAUUUGCAAGUCAAUACAGGCUAAUUAUCUUCUCUGUAAUUUACAACAUAAAUAAAAAUGCUGAAAAACAUUUUAAUGCAGUGGGCCCACCUGUCCCACGAACACUGGCUGAAUA